AUGUCUAGAAAUCCUGAGAACGGUGAGGUCCAUGAUAUGGACCCGCAAGAGUACGAAGCGCCAGGCGGCACUGAAGAAGAGGGUAGCAAGAACGAAGGUGCCGGCAACAACCCGACAUUCAGUUUAGCCGGCCCCGGCGCGUCAAACCCUGCCAGCAAUGCAUACGUUGGAGACGAUUAUCGACUAUACAACCCGCAGUAUGGAAGGGAAGAAGAUUCGCCAACAUGGAGUUUGGCACAGCCGCUCCCCCAUAUUGUGCGACCAGGCAUGCAGCAUGGAGCCUUGCCAGAGGAUAGGAAAGAGGACAAGUUGGCUGGGCCCAAUGGACACAAUCCAGACCUAAACAAACCACAGUCCAAGAACAACGGCUCCAAUGAUUCGGAUGAAGGCUUCUUCAAUACCUGGUCUAAAAUCCGUCACUAUCUACGAGAACCUUUGGCUGAAUGGCUUGGAAUCACCGUCGCAAUGACAAUUGGCCUUUGCGCAACCUUAUCUAACUUCACAUCAUCCGGCGAAGCUGGAAGCUACAUGUCUCAAAGUGUAGCAUGGGGAUUCGGCUUCAUGGUGGCUAUCUACAUCGCGGGUGGUACAUCUGGUGGACACCUCAAUCCGGCAUUUUCUAUCGCAUUGUCUGUUUUCCGUGGUUUCCCCGCACGCAAGGUCGUCAUAUACAUAGCUGCACAGCUUCUCGGGGCUAUCACCGCCGGUGGAAUCGCCUAUGCGAUCUACCAUGACGCCAUAAUGAAUGUUGCGGCCGAAACACAGACGCCGCAGAAUGCCGGUCUUUCGGCUGAGGCUAUGAUUACCGCGCCGAAAGCUUUCGUUCAUCCGGCUACUGCGUUUUUUACCGAGUUUCUUGGUAGCGCAAUAUUGUUUGGUGCUAUUGUCGCUCUGGGUGAUGAUACCAAUUCUCCGCCCGGGGCAGGAAUGCAGGCUUUUAUACUUGGGAUUCUCAUCACUGUUGUGGUUCUUGCACUUGGUUAUAAUACUGGAGGCUGUUUCAACUGCGCACGCGAUUUUGGCCCACGGCUGGUCGUUCUCAUGGCUGGUUGGGGUGGUAACGUCUUCCGAGAAACCCAUGCUUGGUGGGUCUGGGGUCCAUGGUGUGCCGAUAUCAGUGGUGCACUAUUUGGUGCAUUGGUAUACGACAUGGCAAUUUUUACCGGAGGUGAAAGUCCUAUAAAUUACCCUGCGCGACGACGGAAGAGGGCAUUCCAAGUGAGAGCAGUUAAUAUGCGGAAAAAGCUAGGAUUGAGGCGAAAGAAGACCCGCGAUAUCGAGAGCUCAUCUGCAGAGACUGCUCACUAA